UCACAGACUCGGAGGGGCAGCCGUUAGCCGUGGAGUUACCACAGAGAUGAUGUUUCGAGUUAUUUGGCUCCCAGUGUUUGUGCACUGAGUCUCUGAGUACUUUCACUGCGGAUCAGAGGAUUGUGUUGGGAUUUAAAACACCAGAGGAGGAAGAGGAGUGAAGCUAUCAGAGAUGUUGGAGUCCAGUUCAUGAAAUUUCCAGAGGAUGCAUACGACACGCAGCCCCUCAUCCAUCCCCACAGGUGUCUCCGGAGACGCCCUGGACCUGAGUCUGUCCGGCUCCCAGCUCACUGUAUCCAAGAGACCCAGCAGUGCGUCGCCCGGGAAGUACUUCUCUAGGUCCGUGUCGGUGUCUGUGGCGAGCGACAGCCGAGGGAAACGCAACACCCUGAGUGAUGCCAGCUUCGGGAGCUCCCGCUCCAUCAAGAACCUCAGGAGGUCCAACAGCACGACUCAGGUCAAUCAGCAGGCCAACAUCAGUUUAAGUCAGGACCAGAGUGAGGACUACCUGUCUCUGUUCGACAGCAGCUCAGAUGGACGCAAGAAACUCGCCAGCCUUAGUAAGGCCUCCCCGGACCGAACCACGUGGAACAUCCUGGAUGAUCAGCCUCGAGCGUUCCCCCUGCACUCCAGCUCACGCAGCACCGGCAGCGUGGACUCGCCCACCAGCCUGAAGAAGAGAGAGCCUGGCAUCACUCUGGCUGCUACUUUUACCGCCAACAACAGGAGCAACAAGGGAGCCGUCGGGAACUCUGUCACCACCAUCCUGCACAACAACUACUCAGAGAAACCUCUCACGCCAAAGAGCUCCAACCAGAAGCCCUCUUUUAAUAACAUCCUGAAGGCCACAGCCAACGACGAGGUGUCUCUGGAGAACGGCUCCCUCACAAAGUCCCAGAAGAAUUUCUCCUCGUCUUCCUCCACCUCCAACAACAGAUCCCCGGUGUCGGCCCACCACGGCAGCCCCGUCCUGACCCGGAGGAGAGAGGCCACUGAGGAGGAGGCUGAGAGGUUCAUUCAGCAGGUGAACCAGGCAGCCGUCACCAUCCAGCGUUGGUACAGGCGCCAUGCAAAGAGGCAUCACGUGAACCAGGCAGCGCUCAAACGCAUCCUCGCCAGUAAACGAAAGGAGUGGGAGGAGAGAACAGAGGAGGACAGCAGCCUGGAGCAGCAGCAGAAGAAGGACGAAGAACGAAGAAGGAUCCGUGAGGAGAAAGCUCGUGUUGCCCGCCUCGCUGCCAUCAAGGAGUUGCAGCAGAAACGAGCUCAGCGCGUUGCAGAGGUGCAGCAAGCAGCUGAGGUGGAGCGGGAGAGUCUGAGGCCGCCGCCUGCUGGGACCGGGCGCAAGAAGCCGCCCAAGAUCUGUCCUCCCAACAAAAGUCCAGCCUCGCCGAGCAACAACAGACCGACUUCACCCACGGACGUCAAAGCUCAGAACACAGACUCCAAUUUAAAUGUUGUGGCCGACUUCGGGGAGCUGAGCUUCAGAGCCAUCUCACCGGCUCUGUCUGGUACCAGAGGCUCCAAGAGCGCUCAGGAUCAGGAGAUCAGAGCAGAGGUGGAGGUUUGUGUGGAGCAGCAGCAGUAUCAGGAAAACGACAGGAAGCUGAUCCGUAAAGAGAAAGCUCGCCUCGCACGCCUGGCUGCCACGGGCGUGAAUACAGCCGGGGACCUGGAUCAGAGGAGAGUUCAGCGGGUAGUGGAGGUGCAGCAUGUCGUUGAGGUGGAGCUGGAAAACAUGAGGCAGCCGUCUGCUGCUGGACGCAAGAAACCACCAAAGAUAUCUCUGAGCAACAAAAGUCCAGCAUCCCCGAGCAACAACAGCCUGAUGUCCCCCACUGAUGUGAAGGCUAAGAACACAGACUCUAAUCUGAAUGUUGUCGCUGAUUUGGGCGAGCUCUCCAGCUUCAGAGCUGUUUCUCCAGCUCUGUCCAACUGCAGAGGCUCACAGUGCUCCCAGGAGAUCCUGCAGAGGUCGGUCAGCGUGGAGGACCAGCGGCAGGGAGCUCUGUCCAGCAGGGCUCCGUCUAAAACCACCCUGAACGAGCUGCUGGACACCCUGAAGCUGUUAGAGGAGGAGCCGGAGAGGCUGUCCGAGCCCAAGUGCUACCACAAAGAGAAAUACGCCUGGAUAGACGAGGACGGAGACUCCAACUCUCUGACCACCGACAACCUGGAGCGCCACGGCCAGCUGAUCCACCACCCCGCGUUGCCAGACGGGGGCGCCCUGCUCUCUGAGGCCAAGCUGCAGAGCAUCAUGAGCUUCCUGGAUGAGAUGGAGAAGUCUGAACAGGAGAGACCUCGCUCUGUCACCUCAGGGUCACACAGAGAGGCUGUGCUGUCAGAGGAGGAGCUGGUCGGGGUGGAGCAGGCGUCUGCCACUGCUGCAGAAAUCAGCGGAUCCAUGAUGAGGAUCAAACUGGAGCUGGAAGAGAAGAAACGCACCGUCAACAUGCUGCAGACUGCGCUGGCCCAGCAGAGGGAGCUGACGGUCAGACAUGUGAAGGAAACGGAGAAGGAGCUGGGCAGAAACUUCCAGCUCCAGAAGGAACAAUAUGAAGCAACUAUUCAGAGACAUCUCACGUUCAUCGAUCAGCUGAUCAACGAUAAGAAGGCUCUGAGCGAGCGCUGUGAAGGAGUGGUGGGAGAGCUGAAGCAGGUGGACCAGAAGUACACCAAGAAGAUUGCACAGAUGCAGGAGCAGCAUGAAAUGGUGUGGCAAAUUCUGGGUCCCUUGUGUGAGGAAAUCAAGAAGCUGAAGGAGUUAAUGAGCGCCACAGAGAAGAUCCGAAGGGAGAAGUGGAUCGACGAGAAGACCAAGAAGAUCAAGGAGAUCACCGUCAAAGGCCUGGAGCCAGAGAUCCAGAAGCUGAUUUCGAAGCACAAACAGGAGCUGAAGAAGCUGCGGACGCUUCACGAGGCGGAGCUGCUGCAGGCAGACGAGCGGGCCGCCCAGCGCUACGUUCGGCAGUGUGAGGAGCUCCGGCAGCAGCUGGAGAGGGAGAAGGAGGAGCAGAGUCAGAGAGAGCGGGAGCUCGCCAAACAGAGGUAUGAGAAACAGCUUCAGGAGGAGGAGCUGUCCCUGCAGCAGCAGAGGAGGCGUCUCUACAAGGAGGUGGCUGAUGAGAAAGAGAGGCUGGCCCAGCUGGCUGCAAGGCAGCGCGCUGAGCUGGAGGACUUGAGGAGGCAGCUGGAGGAGAACAGCUCUCUGGCCGGACGAGCUCUCAGAGACGAGCUGGACAAGAGCCGGGAGGAGCAGGAGAGGAGGCACCAGCUGGAGAUGAAGUCAGUGCAGGAACGCUUGGACAUUGAGAAGCAGACCUGGGAAGAAAACUACAAGAAAAAAGAGGAAGCCUGGUUGUUGAGCCGCGAGCGCGAGCUCAAAGAGGAGCUGCGGCGAGAACGCGACAAAGAGAUCGAGCUCGCCAUCUGGACGCUGGAGGAGGAGACGAGCAAGGACAAGGAGGAGUGUGAGAGGGCGGCCGACAACAGGGUGAAGCGUGUGAGGGAAAAGUACGAGUCUGAGCUGAGGGAGCUGGAGCGCUCGGAGAGGACGGCUCUGGAGAAACAUCAGGAGCUGAGGAAGCAGCAGAUGGAGACGGAGGGAGAGCUGAUCCGACUGCAGGCGGCGCUGCAACAUAAAGAGCAGGAGACUGAGGACGUCACGCAGAACAGAGACAAGCUGGUGGAGGAGCGCCGCAGCCUGGCCGAGGUCGUACGGCAGGAGUUCGCCGACCGUCUGGUGAUGACGGAGGAGGAAAACCGCAGGAUGAAGGUGGAGGUGUCGGAGCUUCGAGCGAGGAUGCGGCUGGAGGUGGAGAGAGUCACGAGAGAGAAGGAGGAGGAGCUGGCUGAAGUCCACCAAAGGGUGAAGUCGGCCAUCCUAAAGAAGGAAGAAACCGUCAACCAGCUCCGGAAGCAGCACGAGGCUGCGCUGAAGAGGGCGGAUCACCUGGAGGCCCUGUGGGAGCAGCAGAGGAAGCAGCUGUUGGAGAAGUGACUGACAGGAAGGCCUGGUUUGAAGGUUUCAUCUGUCUGGACCCCCGCCCCCCCUGCCUUCCCCCCAGCUGUAUCCACGGUGUGGCUCGAGCCGCCCUGAACCCCCCCUCCACCUGCUUUCUUUUGCCUGUGGAUGUUUUUCCUUUUGGCAAGACUGAACCUGUGGAGCUGCAGAGGGUUGAACAAGUGACUGAACCUUGUCCUACCUCAUUAGAACAAUAAGAUGGGGGAAAGCAUGGGGCCUCAAUGUAUAGACCCCCCCCAAUCCUCCACCACUACACCACCCACCCGGCAUGAAGGGGCGUGCUGUGUUGGAACUUUGCUCAUUUAAAUGCUGCAGACCAGGUGGCACCACAUGAAAGACUGUGGAUGGACGUCCUAUUCUUCCUCUCUCUCUUCAGGAGGAAGGUUUUUGUGACUGUACCCCCCUCCCUUCCUCCCUCCCUCCCUCCCUCUGCAGUCUGUCGGAGCAGGAAUGUCUCCUUGUUCCCCACAGAGCUGCCACAGAGAGCACUUCCAGAUGUUUCUCAGACCAGUGUGGGCCUGUGUUGGUGCAGUAGACUUGGAGAGAGGGGGGGGGGGGGGGGUUUGCUGCUUUAACCGGAGGACCACUAACAACCCAGGACUGAGAUCAGUCAGCGCUCACGCUGGAGAAGGAGUCUGUGUGGCUCAUUGUGCCCUCUUUUAUCUGUUGAGUCAUGUGUUUCUGUCCCCGUGCCCCCUCCAGGCGCGCGCUAAUUACAGGAUCUACAGCCUCUCCCUCUCUGCAGCUCUGAGCGCCCUGUGUGUGUGUGAGAGUCUAAAACCAGAGUCUGGAUCCAGCAAGGAAGUCUGAAGAGAAGUACAGUGAAGUAAAGAAAGAGAUGGAUGUUUGAAGAAGGAAAGGAAAAGAAGUGAAGGAAGAGGAUGAUCGUAGAGCAGCUGAAUGUGAGGAAGAAGGGAUGAGGAAGAGGAUGAGGGGGCGUGGGAAGAAGAAAGAAUGCGUAUAGAAAAUGUUUAUAGGAUUAGGGGAGCAGAGCUGGAUCCAGCUUUCAGGCAGGAGGGGUGAGAGGGCGCCGAGCAUGUGACCUAAGGUAUGUUUAAAAGCACACCGGUUCAGCUUCAGAGGCCACACUGUGACAGAACGCUUCACACUCAACAAGGAGAGGGGGCCAGGACUCACGGGGGCCUUGAUUUACAGGGUCUGGACUGACAGAGAGACAGGUCCUGGACUCACACACACACGAAAAACUAUCCGAGGAGCCUCGUCCUCUCCGCGCUCACAUACGUUUCUCUCCUAAUUUCUUAACCUUUAAAACAAUCGAAGAUUUGUUGAAGCUCUCCUGGAGGACACAGGAAGUCUUUGUGGAUACGGUUUCAGAAGGACCGGUCCAUAGCAUGAGUUAGAGAGGGAGGGGGGGCGGGGGGAGAAACUCUAAACCUGGAAGUAAAGCCUGUUGUUGAGGAGCAGCGUGACGUGAAAGAGCGCGCUCCAGAUCCUCAGACAAAUAUUUAUUCUCUCCUUCUUUUCUUAUUUAUUUUCUACUCCAGCACUCGGGACCUCUGAGGAGUCGUCAGUCCGGAUUAAGGUCUGGACUCGAAGUGGCGUUCCUCUCAGCGUCGAGUGUUUUUAAUUCCUCUUUGUGAGAACGCUAAAAAGUGGUUCUGCAGAACUUUUAACUGCAGCGCUGAAACUUUAUAACCGUGCCAUUUGUAGAUGGUUUAAUAGAGUACGUCAGGUUCUUCUGACACGGAGGUAGACUGGGCCGCGGGGCGAACGGUUCAUAUGAAGAGUACAGUAGAAGAAGAGCGUCAGGAGUUACAGUUUUUAACCUGGGAGGCAUUAAAUCACUGUCAUUCACCGCUCGUCCUCAUUUCCUCUGCAGGAUGUUUGAAUCUGCAGAAACGAUGAUAUGCUGGGUCAGUCCUCAGGUUUUAUGCAUGAAGGACUAGACUUGGUCCAAGUUAAACCUGCUUUGUUAAAGCACACAUUUUAAAAAUGUGGCUGCACCCUAAAUUUCCUGAGCUGCGAGUGUGUAUGUGGUGAAUUAAUGUUCCUGGAACUUGAUUCGGAUCCUGCUCUCUGUUACCCCUUUUUCCACCGAGGCAGUUUCAGCGCCGGUUUGGAGCCGGUGCUCAAUUGAGAACCAGCUAUUUGUGUUUUGACUGCAAGAGAACCGGCUCCCAGCCAGGAAAACAGGUUCCAGAGCAGCUUUAAUUCUUUGCUGGUCUAGAACCGAGAACCGCUUAUGUCAGGGGCGAUGGGUGACGGGCAAGGGUGAGGUUGCCGUGACCAAAAAGACAAACCAAACAGAACGAAGCUAAUGGAUUCCAAGGUCGAGGAAACAAGAUGCCUCCUUGUGGUUUGGUCCUGGCAGGAGAUCCAGAACAAGCGGGAGUGCCAUCGUCGUUGUUGUUGUGAGGGAAAGUUCUUGCUAGCGCUGCUGGGAAAAGCGGUUGAGCGGGCGGAAAGUUGGUUGCAAGUUGAACCAGCUCUGAUCCAGCGCGAGCACCAGCCCUGAACUAGAGCCAGGUUCGCGUUGGUUGAGAAGGGGUCUGUUGUAGGGAGAACAGUUCCUAGUUCCUGCAGUGGAAACACAACAUUUAUCAAACCGGCCUCGUUGUGACAAAAACAAAGCAGUCAAGCCGAUCUGAACCCUCCCAAACGAGGAGACCUGAUCCCCAGACGGGAGCUUUUCAGAGACAGCCGUGGUUGGAUAUGUGUCACGCUUCUCUGUGGGUUUCACGGUCACUAACUGUGAGUCAUGAGGACCUGAACGCCUCACAGCACGCCUCCUCCCGCUGCGCCCUGCUGCUGUUGGCACAGCAGAGCGGGAGGCUGCUGCUGCUGCUGCUGGCCUCGGACUCGGGAGAGUGGCGAUGUGAGCUGGCAUUCCUCGCGCAUGCCCGUCCUACGAGUGCCAACGAGCCUUGCCUUUGUGUGUGUGUGUGUGUGUAUGUGUGUGUGUGUGCCACCCAUCAUGACCUGAGAUGACCCUGCCGGUGCCAGAAACAGAACCCGGCUCACCCUCCGGUUUUAUUUCUCCUGUUUGUAACGUCGUAUGAAUCAUUCCAGCUGUCAGCGCUUAUUGUCUCCGUUUGUUCCACAUGUAACAUGUCCCCCCCCCCCCCCGUGCCCGUACACGUAGCUCUUGAACGCAUCACUCUCUGCUCUUGUUUUAGUCUAGUUUUUAAUCUCAUGCUGGUGGUUCCAAAAACUGUGAAGAGACGAUGACUGAUCUGAGAAUAAAAAGCAAAGACUGUUGAGAAGA